AUGGGAUUUCAAAAGCUUGUUCGCUUUGAAGAAGACGGUUCCAGUCAUUAUGGAAACCUCAUCAACACCAGCCAAGGUGGCUACGAGGUUGAAAAACUGACCGGCAAUUUGGAACAAGGGUUUCAACCGACAAAUCAAGUUGUUACAGUCCCGAAGCUUCUUUGCCCUCUCGAGUUUACGCCCAUCAUACUUUGUGUCGGGCUGAAUUACCAGAAGCACGCAAAAGAGGCAAAUUUGACGGUUCCAAAAUAUCCGGUUCUUUUCACCAAACCCUCCGAUGCUUUGGCUGGACCAUUUGAUGAUGUGCGCGUGCACAAAGACUGUCAGUCUCAUAUGGAUUAUGAAGGGGAGCUGUGCGUUAUCAUCGGUCGCGAUGCCAAGAACGUGUCUGCUGAUGAUGCUCUUGAAUACGUACUUGGCUAUACAGCAGGCAAUGAUGUCUCAGCAAGGAAUUUCCAAGUCCCCGAUGCUUCAGGAGGUCAGUUCUGCUAUGCCAAGUCCUUUGAUGGAUUUGCACCCAUAGGCCCAGCUAUCUACAGUCCCGACAUAGUUCCUGACCCACAAGCCCUACAUCUCAAGACGAUAGUGAACGGGGAGACGGUGCAGGAAACAGACACGGCGGACAUGAUCUGGUCGGUUCGGGAGCUUAUCGCUCAUUUGAGCCGUGGUACAACUAUUCGGCGUGGAACGGUCAUCAUGACGGGCACGCCAUCUGGGGUGGGAUAUUUCAGGCAGAGCUUUCUCAAAGACGGUGAUGUUGUAGAGGUGGAGAUAGAUGAUGGAUUGAGGAUUGUGAACCGUAUGGUAUUUUCACCUUAG